AUGGAUACACCUCUGAAGCCAAUGCUUCGCGGCAAUCUAAAGCCAAAUGCAGGAGUGGAUUGUGGUACACGGGAAGCUGAUCAUCACGAAGGCAAUGUUUCCAAUUCAGCUUCGGAAGCACACAUACGUCAUACUCUUUGGCCAAGCUUUCUUCCUCGUUAUGAUAACCCAUCUGUUCAAGUCACUCUAGUUGCCUUGGUCAGUUUCCUGUGCCCUGGGAUGUGGAACGCCUUGAAUGGACUAGGCGGAGGUGGACUCGUAGACGCCAAACCAGCAAACAACGCAAACGUGGCACUCUACAGCACAUUCGCCGUAGUUGGCUUCUUUGCAGGCAUUGUUACCAACAAGCUUGGUGUCAGGGCCACACUCAGUCUCGGUGGAUUCGGGUACACUCUCUACUCUUCAAGUUUGCUUUGCUACAAACACACGGAAAAUGCCGGGUUCCUGAUAUUCGCUGGACUCCAGCUGGGACUGUGUGCAGGCCUAUUCUGGACCGCACAGGGAAUGGUGAUGCUUUCCUACCCUACCGAAGAGACUAAGGGAAAGUAUAUCGCUUGGUCGUGGAUGAUAUACAACAUGGGGGCUGUUAUAGGCAGUGCAGCCAAAGCCGUGAAAAGAUCUGACGGCUCGCCCGUAUCACUUCCCCAAUCCCCGACCUGGAAAAGCGAGGUGCGAGGCCUCACCGACACUCUCAAGCACGACACUUACAUCCUGCUAUUAUUCCCAAUGUUCUUCGCAUCCAACUUCUUCUACCCCUACCAGUUUAACACAUUCAAUCUUGCAACAUUCAAUAUCCGCACAAGGUCAUUGAAUAAUACCUUGUACUGGCUCGCUGAAAUUGGAGGCUCUUAUCUCGCAGGGUAUGCACUGGACUCCUCUCGUCUACGGCGCUCUUCGCGGGCGCGAAUUGCUACAGGCGUACUGUUCGUCCUGAUAUUUACAGUAUGGACCGGCGCAUUCGUAUGGCAACGGAAUAGACCACACACUAUAGCUGGCGCCAUCAAAAAGGAUUUCACCGAUUCCGAUUACGCCGGCCCUAUGCUCCUUUAUCUCGCGUUCGGGUUGUUCGCAGCGGUCUGGCAAACAUGCCUCUACUGGUUUCUGGGUGCACUGACAAACGACAACCGAAAGCUCGCCAACUUUGCUGGCUUCUACAAAGGCGUGCAAUCGGCAGGUGGCGCUGUUAGUUUCCGGAUCAAUACGCUGGCGGUAUCCUCGGUCAACGAGUUGGUGGUAUGCUGGGUCUUGCUUGCUGGGUCUUUACUGAUCGCGGCAUCGACCAUUAUCAGAAAGGUUCAUGACAGAGUCGAGUAG